AUGUGUAAAGGACGUGCAGAGGUUGACAGGAAGGCUCAAUGCCCUAUCCAGGUUCCUCGGUGCGUCGGCCGCAAAGGCUCUCCCAUUCUUCAACUUGAUGAAAAAAGGGAUAGUGUUCUAAUGGACCCCAGCGUGCGAGGAAGCCUUCAAUCACUUCAAGAACAUAAUCUCAGCACCACCUUAACUGAGGAGGCUUCGACAACCGUCCUGGUACGGGAAGAAGGGAAGAUCCAGCAGCCGGUCAACUUCGUGAGCAAGGCGCUGCAAGGGGUAGAGCUGAAGUACAGUAUGCUGGAGAACCUGGCAUAUGCGCUCCUGACCUUCUCCCGCAGGCUACGACAAUACUUCCAAGGGCACCAAAUAAUUGUCAGAACGGACCAAGCGAUAUGGCAAGUGCUGCAAAAACCUGACCUAGCGGGCAUGAGGAUGACCUGGGCAAUCGAACUAUCCCAGUAUGAUCUACAGUACGAGCCCAUACAUGCAAUCAAGGCCCAAGCAAUGGCUGAUUUUCUGGUGGAGUAUGAGGCCCUUCUUGGCGGCCUACUCUUGGCAAGGGAAGUCGGGGCCACUAGAGUGGAAAUAUGCAGUGAUUCUCAGGUCGUCACAUCACAGAUUAAUGGAACAUAUCAAGCCAGGGACUCGCUGCUGCAAAAAUACUUGGAGAAGUUUAAAAAGGUAAGCGAGGAGUUUGACGAGGUCACGGUACAGCACGUUCCGAGGGAGAGAAACACACGGGCUGACCUCCUAUCAAAACUGGCGAGCACAAAACCAGGAACGGGUAACCGAUCCCUCAUUCAAGGCUUAGUGAAAGAGCCCUCAGUGACAUUGCAUAUAACACGGGCGGAUGACUUCCCCUUAUGGAUAGACCCGAUCACCGACUUUCUGGAAGAAGACAAACUCCCUAAUGACGAAAAGGCGGCUAAGGCACUGAGAAGAGAAGCGGCCAAGUUUACAAUAAUACAAGGCCAGCUGUUUAAGAAAGGGCUCAACCAGCCUCUAUUGAAGUGUCUACGCCCCGACCAAAUGGACUACGUAUUAAGCGAAGUCCAUGAGGGAUGCUAUGGCCACCACAUCGGGGGGAAGGCCCUAGCCCGAAAACUCAUCAAGACUGGUUACUACUGGCCCUCAAUGAUGGCAGAUUCCAAAGAGUUUGUGAAGAGGUGUAGAAGAUGCCAGGAGAGCGCCAACUUUCACAAAGGGUCGGCAGCUGAACUGAGCCUAUUGAUGGCCUCCCGACCAUUCUCUUAA